AUGGCAGCAUCUAUGCGGCACUAUGAGGGCGACGAAGCCUGCAAGAGUAACUCUGGCGGGUGGCUCGUGGCGGGGCAGGACGAGGCGGGGCAGGGUGGUGCAACUCCUGAGGGUGUGGAGAUACCGCGCUGUCUGGUUGAUGAAGAUAUGCAAGCAAAGAUUAAAUCUAUGCCAAAGGAGGUUCAGCCUGCUAUUUUUUCUGGUCCAGACCCUAAAUGGCGAUACACAUGGAGAAUAGACCCUCGACCAGAAAACACUCAUUUUAAGGAACUGAACCCAGAAUCUAUUAUACCUGAUGGAUUUCCUGAUUGGAAAGAAACAAUGGAUCUUUGGGGAUCAAAAAUGAUAGCUACUAUCGAGGUUGUUGCUGAGAUGGCUGCUAUUGGAUUUGGCUUGGACAAGGAUGCAUUUACUUCUUUAAUGGACCAUGCACCUCAUCUCCUUUCUCCGACUGGAAAUCUACAACGGCAUGGCACUCUAGGCACUGUUUUUGCUGGAUAUCAUUAUGACCUGAAUUUCCUAACAAUCCAUGGGAGAAGCAGAUUCCCAGGCCUAAACAUAUGGUUAAGAAAUGGACAGAAGAUGGAAGUCAAGGUUCCUUUUGGUUGUCUCCUUAUCCAAAAUGGAAAGCAGCUAGAGUGGUUAACUGCAGGUGAGUGUUUGGCUGGAAUGCACGAAGUUGUGGUAACUAAUAGGACACUAGAAGCUAUUGAGUCAGCUCGACAACAAUCCCGCAGCCUUUGGAGGGUUUCAUCAACCCUAUUUGGGCACAUCGCAUCUGGUGCCACAUUGAAGCCAGUAGGCCAUUUUGCUGAUACACCCCUUGCGAGCAAGUAUCCUCCCAUCUGUGCAGGAGAUUAUGUUGAGCAAGAAGUUGCUGCUAUUAUUCGCAAAGGCUAGAACUAGAAAGGAUGUCUC